CUGCCCCACCCCUGAUCGUGUGUGUGUGAGAGUGUGCUCUCUCUCUCUCUUAAAAUAAAUAAACAUGUAAAAAAAGAUACUCAGUAAGUUAAAUGUAUGAUUAUGGCAAACAAAUGCCAUAUGUCAGGCGUUGAAUGCUUAUCUAUUAUAACUUCAGAACCUUCUUUCUUUAACUUAUGCCAUACACAGAACCUAACAGGAAGUAUUUCUAAAUGAAAUUGCCCAAGAAAGCUCUUCCUCAACUCUAUUUCAGUCCUAAAUUGGCUAACAAUACAAGUUAUUAAUUAAUUCAUCUUAGAUACUGGCUAGGGUGUGGUUCUGAGAAAAGGAACUGAAAGCCUUCGAAAAGUCUCCUGAGUUCUGUAUGAGCCAUCCGGAAGAGUCCCACAUUUCUGAGCAGCGAGUUUUGAAGGAAAUUGGUAGGGCAGGCUCUUGGAUUACAUGUCCCCUUAGGAAACUUUACAAGAGGUGGACACACCUGUCUUACCAGUAUUUCUGACUUACUGCUGAGCUGAAAACUGCUUGUUUUGUGGAGAAGCAAAACUCUGCAGCAACCAUCUAAAAUGAAGAGCCCCCGAACUUUUGAGGAGCAAACGCAAUGCAUCGUGGACUCUUUACUCACAGACUUCUUGAGCCCCACAGUGCAGGUUGCUAACCGGGACCUACGUUGUGCAGAUGAAACAGAUUCAGGAGAGUCGAGCUCUUUUGACGUGGCCAUCAUUGCUGGUCGCCUUCGGAUGUUGGGUGACCAGUUCAAUGGAGAAAUGGAAGAUUCUGUCAAAAACAUCAUUUCAGAAACCAUUCAGGGACAGGCAGGAACUAUACUGCAGGACACAGUAAAAUCUCUCAGCCAGGCCUGGUGUGCUCAGGAUUCCAGCUUAGUUUAUGAGAGAGCCUUUCUGGCAGUGUCCGUGAAGCUUCUUGAAUGUGUGGCCCGCAUGGCUCCUGGAAUAGCAAGACAGGUGGCUAUCCCCGUAGUAAACCUGAUCAACGGGAACAGUGCCGUCCGGGAGUUUGUCCAGGGCCAGGGAGGUUGGGAGAAUCUGGAGAGCUGAAGAAGAGGUGGGAGCUGUUUGCCAGCCUGAACAUCACUGCCCCUGUGACUGCUCAGGUGAUUGAUUUCUGGCAGUUAAAGCAGACAACCAAAUCCAAAACUGCUUUCUUUUGAACAGAACCUAAUUUAGCUGAAUAAUUUCUUUUCUACUGAUUGCUACAGUUGGGAGAAGCCCUUGGAGGUCUACAGAGAUUUUGUGCUUUGUGUUUUUAUGUGAGUUUUAAUGAGGUACCAUUUAAGCAAAGACCUCUAGACACAAAGUAAUGACUUGUUAGGAGCAGAAUUGGAAGCAUCAGAGCCCGGCUUGGCUGGAGAUCUUUUGGGAAAGGGAGCACACAGUAAACUUCCUUCAGAUUUCCUUUUGUCCUUUGGGAAGGAUCUUGUCUGCUCAUUUUGCAAUCUAAAGGAUUUCAGGGAGAUUUCAAUUCUUUAAGUUGAGAAUUUCUUUUGAAUUCAUAACCUGAGUCUUGUGUUAAUUUCACCAAAGCAGAAUUAUUUUAUGCAUUUUUAGGUUGAAAGCAAAAAAUAGCAGUUUCUGCAUCUGCCCUCCUACCAGAAAGGCCGACAAAAGAUAAAACAGUGAGUGCAUUUUUACUGCCACAGGAUGCAGGAAGUGCUGGCCCACAUCUAGGACAGAGGGGCCAUCCCAGCUUAGAUGAAACUAGCUGCAUACCACAGUGUUUUUCAAACCAAAAAGGGGCCUACAUACCACUUGUGGACCUUAUAAAUUGCUGAUUUCCAGGCCCCAUCCCUAGAGAUUCUGAUUCUGUAGGGGUGGGCUGGGACCUAGGAUGCUACCAGUUCCACAGGGGAUUCUUAUGUACGUACAGAAUUGAGACCCAUCAUUUUAGAGCAAGGAUUGGCCAUAUCCUGCCUGCUCCUUUUUCUGUAAAUUCUUUUAUUGGAUUGCAGCUACACUCACUUGUUUACAUAUUGUCUAUGACUGUUUUAGUACCACAACGUCAGAGUUGAGAAGUUACAGCAGAUACCAUAUGGCCUGUAAAAUAUAUUUACUAUCUGGCUCUUGACAGAAAAGUGUGUAGACCCUUGCUUUAAAGCUAAAUGAACAUCUCUCCUUGAAUAAUUUAAAUUCUGUGGCAAUCCUGAUAAUUCCUGCCAAACACAAUUGUACAUAGGAUUACUCUGUUUUUUAGAUUUUCGAGUGUUCUGUUGGUUCUGGCAUAGUCCACACUUUCUUGAGAACUUUAGCAAAUCAGAAAGCUUUGUGACUCCUGAGUAGUCAGUCAGUAGAGGGUAUAUAUUUUCCCUGGCCCUACCAUCAGUGAUUGGAAGUGAUUGGAAAUGAGGCAUACAGUAUCCAUGUUAUGAAUAUCUUGAAAUAGUCCUUAGGAAUCUCAUAGAUUCAUAGGCAAGCAUCAAGACUCCUUAAGUCCCAAAACCAGACUACUUACCUGACUGUCAAGAAGAAAAGCAUUGCGAUAUCUAUUUUGUUUUUUGGGUUUUUUUUUUUGUUUUUUUUUGUUUUUUUUUUGUUUUUUUUGCUAUAUCUAUUUUGAAGAGAGGCAUUAAUGGUUUGGUUACAGUUUGGCUGAAGUGUAACCACAUCCCCUCCUUUCAGCCAGCCGGCUAUCUGUUUCCCCUCAAUGCAUAGAAUUAAAGAUGUAGCGCUGGGACUAUAUCUUGACUUUUUGAAGUUGUGUGAUUUCCUCAAUUCUUGGAGAAAUCACAAUAGGUUUGUAAUCCCAAAUGAGAUUUCAUGUUUCUUUUAAGUAGCAAUUAGCUUUUUUUUGCUACCAAUUGAAGACACUUGAUGUACUUCUUUGUCCCUUACAUUACUGUAAAUUCAACAGGGUGGGUUUUGUGGUAUUUUACUUCUUAGGUGAAAUCACUAUUUUCACAUUGACCAAUGCUGUUUUGUUCAUGAAAUAGAAUUGUGUCUAUGUAUUUGAAC